AUGGCCAAUUUGUCGAAUGAAGAGCUAUUGAUGAUAGCAGUACUUUUAGAUGAAGAAGAAGAAGAAUUAAAAAUAAAAAGACGAACAAGGAAUGUUUGGGUACAUCCAGCUUGGCAGAAACGUACUUUUGAAGGCGAAUUCGUCACAUUAUACAAAGAGCUUGUCGAUGAUGAAUCCAAAUUUUAUCAAUACUUUAGAAUGACCAUGUACAGCUUUAACAAACUACUGAAUACUAUUGAAAGUGAAAUUCAACGACAAGAUACACGCUUCCGGAAAUGCAUAUCACCCAGACAUCGUUUAGCUGUUACAUUGAGAUAUUUGGCCACUGGAGACUCCCUAAAAACCAUUUCGUUUAGUUAUCGUCUGGGUCAUUCAACUGUUUAUACGAUUGUUAUCGAUACAUGUAGAGCACUUAUAAAAAAGUUGAUGUCUGAAGUUAUGCCAGUGCCCACAGAAAACAAGUGGAGGGAAAUUGCUGAAGAUUUCUGGGCACAUUGGAAUUUUCCGAACUGUAUUGGAGCCUUGGAUGGCAAACAUAUAGUUAUACAAGCUCCGCCCAAUAGCGGAUCAUUAUAUUUUAACUAUAAGAAAACCUUUUCCAUUGUGCUCUUGGCUCUCGUUGAUGCCCACUAUAAUUUUAUUGCUAUAGAUGUAGGUGCGUAUGGCAAAAAUAGCGAUGGUGGAAUACUUAUAAACUCAAAGUUAGGUAAAAUGCUUGAAACAAACAAUAUGAAUGUACCAUCCAGCUCUACACUUCCAGGAACAUCAUAUACUGCGCCAUUUGUAAUAUUAGGUGAUGAAGCAUUUCCUCUUAAAAGCUACUUACUCCGACCCUAUCCCGGAAAACAAUUGGAUUGUGAAAAAAAGAGGAUUUAUAAUUAUCGACAUUGCCGCACGAGAAGAGUUGUUGAAAAUGCGUUUGGGAUUUUAACUCAAAAAUUUCGAAUAUUUAAUAGGAGAAUACAAGCUAACCCAGAAAACGCCGAUCUUAUUGUGCUAGCAUCAUGUGUCUUACAUAACUUUAUAAAAAUAUACGAUUGUAAAUCUUCUUAUAGUAGGAACGUUACUGAAUGUACACAGUUAAAUGAAACUACGCUAAAUACUAUACAAUUUCAAGGCGGAAAUGCGAGUCAAGAAGCAUUUCAUGUAAGGGAGCUUUUUACAGAUUUUUUCAAUUCACCUAGUGGAACAGUUUCGUGGCAAAAUGAGUACAUUUAA